AUGGGAAGGGGUGCAAUAAACGUAGGCUUUAUUUCAAAGAGAGCUAAAUGGAAAAUUUAACAUUAAAUGUUUUUAGAAAUACCUUGUGCGAUAUGGUCACUUAAUUAACAAACCUGACGUGAGAAAACUUUCUCAAAAAUUGAACCUGACUGCUGUGAACACAACAGAAACCCCUUAUACUGCUGACGAGAUUUCAACUGGAAUCAAAAGUCUUCAAAAUUCGCUUGGUAUAAAAGUAACAGGAGAAUUAAAUGAAGACACAUUAAAAAUUAUGCAAGCUCCACGAUGUGCCAUGUCUGACAAGGGUCCAACCAAACCAUUUCAAGUUAAUGUUCACCAUCGCAGCCGAAGGUAUGCGGUAUAUCACAGAACUAGAGCUGGAACUUAUAAAAUAUUUAGAUGGACCAAGAAAUACAUCACGUGGCAAAUCCAUAAGCCGUGGACUGGAAGUAUGUCAAAAGCCAAACAAGAAGAAAUUUUUGAAAAAGCAUUCAAGAUUUGGGAGUAUGCAUCGCCAUUAAAAUUUGAUAAAGGCACAACAACAUCCGGGUCAUGGCCUGAUAUCGAUGUAGAAUUUUACAUAGGUAAGUCUUGAAAUACCACUCCAUUGCCCAUAUGCACUGAUAGGUCUUGCAACAAUACAUGCAGUAUAACAUUAUAACAUGUUUCAGCAAUAACAAUAAGAAGAAAAUUUUUAUUUUAUAAACUGGUAAAAGAAACCGGUCAGUCAAUCAUAGCUAGAUUGGCUGGUAUAAAUUGGUGACCAGUAUUUUUACAAGUGUAUAUUCAAAAGGUUGUCACAACUGCCUUUUUCAUCCAAAGGCUGCGAUCUUGCAAUAAUACAUGCAGUAUAACAUACUAACAUGUUUCAGUAAACAACCAAACUGUAAUCAAAGUAAUAAUAACUCACCAAAAUAUAAUCAAAAUUUUCAGCCUCUCCUGAUUCAUUUUUAGGCCUCCAUUGGCUAGACCACUGCUUGUAUAAUUAAAAAUAAAAAUACGUACUACCUUAUCUUUGUCAGGUAAUCAUAAUGAUGCUCAACAAUUUGAUGGUCCAGGCGGUAAAUUAGGUCAUGCAUUCCUGCCAGGAACCUCUAAAGCUGGGGAUAUUCACAUGGACGCAGAAGAAAAAUGGACUGAAACGUUCUUAUAUAAUGUUGCGGUCCACGAAAUAGGUCAUAGUCUUGGCUUGGGUCAUUCUUGGUACGACGAUAGUGUCAUGUAUUCUGCGUACACAAGAACGAACCCUAUAACUAGCCUUCAUCAAGAUGAUCAAGAUGGCGUGAGCAAAAUUUACGGUAAGAAACAACAUCGCUGAUAGUGUGAACCCGGAUUCUUCCAUAAUACCCUAAACAUCCGAAUAUAUAAGCCCCCAUACCGAAUCUAAGCCUUAGCUCUCCCGUGUAUAAGCCCACCAUUUUCACUAACCUCGGACAAUGCCAAAAAUUGUUAGAAAUUGAGGUCCACGUCGUAUUUUAACCGUAUUUAUUCAUGGUAAAUUAAAGGUGCUUACAGAACGUAUAAAGAAAGCUUAGCGAAGCAGAAAAAGAACAAAGCAUACUGUACAAGCGCGUGACUUGAUCUAACCAAUAAAAAUGUGACUAUAAUUAUGAGUGAGUCAUUAUACUAAUGUCUAUAUGAAGUAUUCAGUUUAACACUCCCAUCUAAUGACUACACAGCAUGUUCUCAGUUCGACUAUACUUAAUAACACAAAUCUAUAUUACGAUUGACUUGUUCUCUAAUAAAAUGAAAAGACACGUCGAUAUGUUUAGUGCGAUUGUGAAAUUUUGAAUUCUUAGAAAGUUCAAUCGCCCUAGCUUGAUUGUCCUCGAAGACUGUCGAUGAAACACUCACUCACACAUGGCCAGAAAUCGAGGUCAGCCGGCGGGUUGUUGACCUGUGGGCUCAAGAUCUAAUUCUAAAUACCUCACUUGUUAUCAUGACAUGCAAUAACGCAAGAAUAUAGCUUACCCACGCUUUUAUAAUAGCGGGAGUAUACAAUUAUUACGUAAUCAUUUUCACUUCGUAUCAUCUUAUCAUGAUAACAAGUCUUCAAAAGUGGACGGCUAUUCUGCAAUCGCUACUAUGCAAAACACUUUAUAUAGCUAUAAUCAAACAAAAAUAAACGUAAAUAGUAAUACUGGUAAAAGUAAUCCCUUUAUUAUUGAAAUCUCAGAACGAAUCUUCGCCAACACAAACCAAAUAUAUUAAAUUUGCCGCGCCAAAUGGCGCUUGUCUUUAUGAAUAUACGAGCAAAUUCUAAGAAUUCUAAUUCUGUGAACUAAGUUGACAAAUGGUUUUUAAAAUAUCCAUAUGAAUUAUAAAUAAAAAUAUGUGGCAUUUGCACAAAUUUGGUAAUAUUUAAAUAUGUCAUAAAAAUAUGUGGUAUUUGACUACAUACCAGAUGAGGAUAAGUUUCCAUGUUGAUAGAUAACUUCGGAAUAGUUUCGAAAGAGUAUAGGGAGAAAACAAGACAGCCAAAAUUUCUGAAGCCAAAAUGGCAAACACAAUAUAAACACCUGAAUAACACGAGGCUAAACCAUGCCCGUUCGCAGGUUAGAUGGCGGACACGAUGUGACAUAUAAUCGCUGAUUGGCUGAAAUUAAUAUAUAAGCUCGUCGCUGAAUGGCUAUGUGCUAACAUACUGUCACGGGCACAUCAUAUAUAUCUGCUUCGCAGAUACAAACAUCUCAGGAAUGUAAAAUGGCAGCAAAAAGCGAAGUGGAGAGCAAUAAUCUCAGCGCUUGGUGGACUAAAUUAGUCACGAAUCUGCGGCAUGAAAAUGCUAUGUUUCAAGUCGUUCGGGAACAGGUUUAAGCAGGCCGUUGAGCCUUUAAAUGCGGCUAAAAGCAAGGUAUUGUCCACCUCGAAUAUGCGUAGACGUGGGACCGUGCGAAAAGUCGACCAUAUGUGGCCAAAUUUACGUAUAGGAAAACUUCACUUCGGCAAAUCAUGUCGAUUUAGUAGGCGUUUAUAUACAAAGCGAGAAGUAGAAAUAUAAAUCUCUCUGGAACAUAUCUACGCUACUCGGAUUGUCGCUAGAUUUUCCGGAGUUAAUACGCCGCCAUUUUUAAUUUAUUUGGUGAAAGCUUAAGAGGGAAUCUCCACUAUCACCGAGCAACUGGUGGCACAUGAUGAAAAAUGAAAUGUUUUCUUAUUUUGUCCAGUGAUACACUAAUGUAUACUUAGAAACGUGAUGGGGUUUGUUUUCUGAAAUAUUAUUUUAAACGCCGAAAAAUUAUCAAAACCUGACAUGUACCCAAGAUUCGUGAAAUUAGCUAAAAACAUAGUGAGUCAUAGUUUCUCGAAAACUUCGUUUUGCUCAGUUCGCGUUUUCAGGAAACCUCACUUUCGGUUUUUAAACGUGUAUAUAAGAUGUUUAUAAACAACGGUAGUCUAUUUUGCAAUCUUUUAAAUGAUGUUUCAAAGUCAAGGCAAGCGUGUAAAAAUCGCCUUAUUUUGCGAUCCAAAAAAUUCUAAAUUGUUACACUUUUUGAAAAUUAAUUUUCCGUAUCCAGGAAAACUCCAAUUUCCUUGAAAUUUAGGGAAUUUAAAGAGAAACUGUUGCUCUAAAAGCUGAUAUAAAAAUUAUUUUGGGGCUUUUUGUUACCGCGGAAUUAUACUGACUAUAAUAUCGGGAAAAUCACAAGAAAAACCUUAAGUUAAAAAAUUUUAAGUUUGGUACAUUUUUUGAAAAUCAAUUUUCCCUUUCCGGUAAAACUCCGAUUUCCUUCAAAUUUAGACAAAUGUAUGAGCAAAUGUUGCUCUCAAAUCUGGUGUAAAAAAUAUUAUGGGGUGUUUUGUUAUCACGAAAUUAUAAUGUCUAUAAUAUACAGCCGAUUAUGUAGACAGACACUUAUAGACAGGCAGUACGUCUAGACACAGUCUGCUCAGAUAGACUGUCGAAGCGUGAGGAUUUAUACUUGUUUUCUCUUGUUAUUUGGUUUUGACAGAUAAAUUAUAAAUUAUUUUAAAUUAUUUUGCUUGUUUAUCGGGAUUUUAGAGAAAUAAAUAGUCAAUAUGAUUAUAUGAACAUCAUGUUGCAAAAGCUCCGUGCGCGUGACUUGCACAUAAUAAUUAAUAGACAAAAGUCAGUUAUUGAUAGCCUGCUUAAAUCCACUACUCAAAGUCUCAAUAGCUCGUAAAAUCAAUCCGUAUUAUCUACUUUUUUCAAACUGAAAUAUAUGUGCUUAGUUUUCUCUGAAGUAGUCGCAUAAAUCAUUGAGAUUAGGGCUAGAUUUUAUUAAACUCGCGAUGUGACUACAAUGACAAUGUCAAUGUAAUUAGUGACGUGUUUGACAGUUUGUAUAAAUAAACUUCCGAAUACACAGAAAUUAUUAUACAAAUAAUGAAUGUUUAUGAGUGCAAUGGUAAGAAUAUUUUCAUGAGGUGAAGGAUGGAAUGUUCCAUUCAACGAGGCGACAGCCGAGUUGAAUGGAACAUUCCAUCUUUCACCGAAUGAAAAUAUUCUUACCAUUGCACAAAAAACAUUCAUUAUUUGUUUUAUAUAAUACCAAAAUAGACUAAUAGAUUCGUAUGAGAAGCAUUUUGAGGGAUGCGACUUAUCGAAAUCACAAAGAGUGCAAUUGUACUAUACGUUUUAUUCCAUUGCACUCGCAGAGAGUGCAAUGGAACGUAUUCCAUUGCACUCUUGGGAAAUGGAAUUUUCUAUUCAAUAUCACGUGACCAUAAACAGCCAAUUGAACGAUCAGAAUUCAAUAAGGUAUUAUAUAAAAAGUAAUAUCAAACCUGAUGUAUAGAACAUACGCUGAAUUUACUUUGUUAUAUGCACAAUAACUGCAUGUAAGCGACUUGCUCUUUUAAGAAACCAAUUUGCUAAUAAUCAUUCUUUUUUCAAAAUCAUGCGGACCUUAUUUAUCAUUUAAAUAAUAUACCCUUAAAAUACUGACAAUUGAUUAAUUUUAAGCAGCUACAUUAUCCAUGACAAACUGCAAAAAAUGAAGAUAUUACCCAUACUUUUCUGCAACUUAUCCAACAUAUCAGACUUGUAAACACGAUGUCAUACCCUAUAGGGAGUAUCGUUAAGUUGAAGUUCUGAGCAAUUUCAGAACUCUGUACGUCGCCGCCAUGCCAUUAAGUUGGGGCCAUGGUCCCGCUUCCCCGGGUCCUGGAAUUUAAUGAAGUGUGACGUGCGUAUUUUGAGCAAUGUAAAUUAGUCGCACUUCAUGAUAUAACAAAAUUGCUCGUUACAAAUUGUAUGAAAUUCCAUGUCUUAAACAAAAAACCAAAUGUUGUUGAAUGCUAUUGAUCGUCUUCUUUCACUACAUAACUUCUGGUGCAUUCCUAAUUUCGUUUAAAAAAUAUUUAAAAUUAUCUAACUUUUGUUUAGGGCUGAAACACGUAUUUCAAUUGCUCGAUCAAAAUACGUUACACUUCAUUGAAUCCCGGGUAAGAGGGAUCAUAUAAACAGCCUCUUAUAAUCAAAUUUGUCAUGAAAGCGAAACGCAAAUUUUGUAUCAUCGCCUCUGAUCAUCGCCCAUGUUUGUAUAUUUUAAAUCCCAAUGUAUAUUAAAAUACGUAUACUUUCAAACAUCAAACCUCGCAUCAGACUUACAGUUCUUCAGCGAAACUUUCAGUAUGCAUAGAUUAUAGCCAUAGGCGAAAUUCUUCAGUUUUGAGAGCAAAACUAAUUGUUUUGCCGCGUUUGGAAGCUUUCAAAAUGGUUGUAAAACUUUUAAAAUGGAUAAAAAUUUACUAUUUUCGACCCUCGACCUCGACGUACGACCCUCGUUAUAAGCGUCAAUUGCAUUUAGGUAAUCAGUUCCACAGUUUAGCUCCAUCACAACAGAAGCUUUUCUUAAGGUCGAGAAAUAAGCGAGAUUUAAAAAAAGCUUUUAAAUGUUUUCCACGUCAUUUUAAAAGUUCUUUCAGAUAAGGGAAUCUAAUUUCUAUAUUCAUGCUAUUUCCGAUCAUAUCCCUCAACAGGGCCGUUCCUAGACGCGAUAAUGGGGGGGGGGGUAUAUUCAUAUAUUCAUGCUCGCUACCGUAAAAACAAUCGCUUUCAAAAGAAAUCCGUCGGGCAGAAGACGAAUAUAUGAACAUACACCCCCAAUUAUCACGCUAGGAACGGCCCUGUCCCUUUAAUUAAACGACUGAACUUGCCCGGCUUCAAUGAAAAUAAGGCCGAAGUUUGACGCUUAAACUGGACUGCUUAGAGCACAACAUGCUCAAAUAUAAGUAAUUAACUGUUUAUAGUAAGUAUAUAUAGCCUUGAAUCUAGCGAGUGUACAAGUGUUUCUAGUUUAUUUUAAUUGGCGCGCAUGGAUCGAUCAAUUGAAACAAGAAUUUGAAGCAGAAAUCUUAGUCUUGGAGAGUUUAACAGCGUAUUUUUAUCUAGAAAUAGGCAAACUAGUUUAAAAUGAUCUACGUCUUAUAUUUCCUAUCAAUAACAAGAGAAAACAAGCAAGAAUGAUUAAGGUUCGACUGUCUAUAGUUGAAGAAAAGUGCCUAAUUGUCUGAGGAUUUUUAAGGUUUUUUUGUGAUUUUCUCGAUAUUAUAGUCAGUAUAAUUCCGCGGUAACAAAAAGCCCCAAAAUAAUUUUUACAUCAGUUUUAGAGCAACAGUUUGUCUUUAAAUUCCGUAAAUUUCAAGGAAAUUGGAGUUUUCCCGGAUACGGAAAAUUAAUUUUCAAAAAGUGUAACAAUUUAGAAUUUUUUGGAUCGCAAAAAAAGACGAUUUUUACACGCUUGUCUUGACAUUGAAAAAUCAUUUCAAAAAUUGCAAAUUGGACCCACGUUCUUUAUAAACAUCUUAUAAACACGUUUAAAAACGAAAGGUGAGGUUUCAUCACACGCCAAUUGAGAAAAACGAAAUUUUCGAGAGGCCGUAGCUCACAAUAUUUUUUGCUAAUUUCGCGAAUCUCGGGUAUGUGUGAGGUUUUGAUAAUUUUCGGCGUUUAAAAUGAUAUUUCAGAAAACAAACCCCACCACGUUUCUGAGUACACAUUAGAGUAUCACUGGAAAAAAUAAGAAGAUUUUUUAUUUUUCCUCAUGUGCCACGUAUUCUCGAUUUUGCUCGGUUUUAGUGGACAUUGUCUCUUAAGGUGGCUCCAUACACUUUUCAUCAUUGGGGGACUGGUACCUAAUCUUGAGUUUUCGCGCGAAAAUGUUAAAAAUAUAUGCAAAAAUAAAAACAACUUUUACUAUAGCCACAAAAUAGAAUAUUAAUGAGCUACCCAAUUUAACUACUUUUGUAUAGCCACAAAAUAGAAUAUUACUGAUGAGCUACCCAAUUUAUCCUUUUCAAAAUGGCGGCUUUUCGUGAGUGAGCAAAGUGUUUCGAACAAUUUCGUUAAAAUUUUCAACGAAUUGUACCUGUUUUCUAUGAAUUUUGCAUUGUGUCUAACUCUGGACAUUCUUGCUAGUUUAGUUAAUCAUUUUUCUUGGUGCACGACUCUGAAAAACCGAAAUUUGGAUUGUUGAAUUCCCGUGCACGAUCAUAAUAUACUGAAUCUGAAUAUAAACGAGCCAAAGACAAUUUCAAGGUAAAAGGUUAUAACUUAAAAUAGAUAACUACUUGAUGAGAAGCAUAUUGGUGUCAUAUCAAUAUAAAAUUUAUCCAACAACAGUCCCUAAGACUUAUAAUACUUGUAGAGUUAUAGUUAGCUGUAAACGUAAACUGCAGUGUGAAAUAUGAUAUUGUUUUUGUAAUGCCUAAUGUAAUGGCGCAACGAGGAUAAAAAUACCACCGUUCGAUUCAGUGUAAGAAAUUGUACUUACGGAUGUCAAAUGUAUUACUAAACAACAAUAUUCUAGUAAUUUAUGGCCUUUGAAAAUCAAGCGAAAUUGUAUUAUUGACUAAUCGCUCGCAUGCAGUACGUGUUGUUGACAAUCACUUGACACUCGCCGCAGUACGUUUGUAUUUGUAAUGCCUAAUGGCGCAACUGAUAAGGAUAAAAAUACCACCGUUCGAUUCAACGUAAGAAAUUGUACUUACGGACGAGGGGCAUUUCACUCCAAAAAUCCCGUACACUUCGUCAAAAAAUCCGGAAAAAAUCCGAACAAAUCCGCAAAAUCCAACAGAUUUUCUCUUUGAAAAAUCCACUAAAAAUCCGGGAAAAAUCCGCUAAAUCCGCUAAAAAAUCCGCGGAUUUUUAAAAAUCCGAAAAUCCCGUACACUUCGUCAAAGAAUCCAGAAAAAAUCCGAACAAAUCCGGAAAAUCCAAACAAAUUCGGAAAAUCCAACAGAUUUUCUCUUCAAAAAUCCGCUAAAAAAUCCGGGAAAAAUCCUCUAAAAAAUCCGCGGAUUUUUAAAAAUCCGAAAAUCCCGUACGCUUUUUUGGAGUGAAAUGCCCCUCGCUUACGGAUGUCAAAUGUAUUACUAAAACAACAGUAUUCUAGCGGCGUUUGUCUUUGAAAGCCAAGCGAAAUUGUAUAUUGUUCACAAAUUGCUCAGUCAAAAUUAUUAAACUAAUUAUAAAAAUAGGUACGCACUGCGUACAUGUUGCAUGCCAUCUGAAACUUAUGAUCAUAAAUAUCUUAUAUAAGAUAUCUAUGCUUAUGAUGCGCUAUAGCGCUUAUAACCUUUGGUACAACUGGCGUGAAACUUAAAAGAUCGACUCAAUAAAUUUAAUAUCAAUAUAUUUAUUGCAAAAUAGCUAUUAUGUGAAAAUAAGAAAACUUAAGACUCUCACGCGAAUAUAGACAAUGUUUUUUUUUAAUUAAGCGACCCUUAAUAGUUAGUUGCAAGCGACGGUAAUAAUAACAUUAAAGGGAUUAAGGGACCCUACAGUCAUUUUUUAGUCGAAAAGCCACCUUAAGUAGGGGACUCCACGGAAAUUCGUUUGGCUGUAUCUUACAUGCAGUAUCCAUGAAUAUGACAACUUCCGCACACCGGAGGACACAUGCAUGCCGUGAUGCGCAUGUCAAGUAGCGACAAUAACAAAAAUGUAAACAAUACUUACCUAACUAAAAAAUGACUGUAGGGCCCCUUUAACAAUGUCAAGCGGGUCAAGGUUUUAUCAAAAGCGAUUGACUGUUAGAUUUACUUUACAAAUUAAUAACUAAAUAACGUUUGAAUAUUUCCUAUAGAUAUAGCUUUAUUGUAACUUUUUAAUUGGUACAAAAAACGCGUGGAAACGGUGAAUUACUACAAUAGAUUGAAAAUGAUUAUUUAUAAUUUUGACGUUUGAGUGAUUGAAAUGAGUUCAUUUACACUAUAUCGAAUGUCAUGUUGAAUCGUAUGCGUACUUCACAAUGGUUGCUAUUUCGUUGUAUAUUUCAAUCUCGAUUUCAAUUGUAUUACUAUUUAUAAUUUAAAUUGUGUUUGAUAUUUAUAUUUCAUGUUGUUUACAAAAUAUGCUGUAGUUUUGAAGCUUUGCACACAAUAUAAUCAGUGCGAGCACAAUGGCUCCGUUUCAAUCUCGUUCCCCGAGCCUGCGAUCAUUGGGAAGGAAACGAAGGCUCUGGGAUAAUCCAUCUCAGAAAUGAAUAUGAUUGGUUGCUGGUAUACAAUGGAAUGUUGCAAUUUUGCAAAAAUUAAUUUUUAACCGUAUAUUUUUAUAGACAACAUGGCGGCCGUUUAGGAGUGUACGAAUAUUGUUUUGGUUUUUCAGAGCUGUGCUAUAUACUAAUACUACAAAGGAAAUGCAAAGAAACGUAUACUUAAUGCGUAUAAUAUCACAACAGUUAAAUGGAGCGUGAAAACUUUACUCAUAUUUCGUGUUGUACAGGUUUUCUGUAGUUUUACUGUAAUCUAUACAUAGUAUACAGUACUGUCAGUACACUGUUCUAUUUGACUAUAAUAUCAAAUAUGUGCUAUAUUUUGCAAAUACUAUUUGUGUCAGAAAUGGUUAAUAACUUUAUUAAUCUGUCUUUGUGUUAUCUAAUUGCGAAGAACUAGCUAAUAACUAGUUUCAAUACAUCCAAUCUUGGGAUUUACUGUUAUAUAUUUUAUUAUUUAAUGUAUAUACUGUACUGUAAACUUUUCAAGUGCAGGAGUAUGAAAUACUCAUUUUAACUUGUAGCAUGUAACCCUUCCCUAUAUGGGUACAUAUGAAUCUUUUGCUGUUAUAAUUUAUUUAUAGAAAGGGUUCAAAAAACCUUUAUUCUCUAAAUAAACCACAAUUUCACAGGCAGUGAUAUUUUAAACUUAUUUUAAACUGGUUAUGACCCCCUGUAGGGAACCACCUAGGGUGCAGGUAUAAUUUUGUGAUGAAUGAUAAAAAAUUGCCCAAUAUAAAUGCCGAGCCAUAGAAAUAUUUUUAUUACCAUGGUCAUGACAACUACCCUGUCAGUUUGAUUGCAAUAUCAAAACUUGUUAUUUACACUAUAAAACAACACAUACCUACUCUGAGAAGGGGAUGGGCAACAAAAACUCAUAUAUUUCAGUUUUUCCCUUCCUAUCCAAUUCAAAUCAUGCUGGCCACAAAAACAAUUUCCUGAUUGCGAUACAAUAAAUUGCCAAAUGACUGACAAUUUGGGCUAGUGACGCCCCUGAAUGCUACAAUGAUAGCUGGCAACCUCUAUUGCUAUUAUAUCUCCAACCUUGAAUGUCCUAUUUAGUACAGUAGUUAAUUCAUUAAUGGCAGUAAUCAACAUGAAGUCAAGUACAUUUCUGGCCAUUGAUGAGAAAUAUUGUCCAGAAGCAGGGAUGGAUUUACUGGGGGGGGGUGCACCCCCCUAGCCCUGGCCAAAGAUGUUGCAGGGGAGGUGCUAUUUUUCAUGAUAAAGCAAAAAAGACGAAAUGAGAUACAGUAAUUUGAGUAAUAACAUGAUGAUAAGUGAACUGUGAACAAUUACAAUUCAAAUACAGUAGUUGAUGGGCGGGCGGCACACAUGACCAACACAACUCGGCACCAGAGGCACCCCCCCCCCCCUACCAGAUCAUGCUGGAUCCAUCCCUGUCCAGAAGUACAGUGAAAUAACAAAAUAGGGUGCACUAAAGAGCAUUGUGGCUUAAUGAUCUAAUGAGAUAAUUAACCAAAGAUAGGUAGACAUGCAGAUGGACUGGUUAACCCAUUUUUUUUUCCUUUUAUUGCCCAUAUAUUAUAACAUAUAAAUAUUUACAUUAAAAAAAAAUUAGAUUAAUGUUAUGGUAGGGGCCUACCAGCAACCUUAACAGGCUUUUAUUUAAGACCCCUAUUGAUAUAAAAUUUAGAUGCUAGUUCUAACUACAGACUAUACAGUCAACCAAAUUUAAAAUAUAUUACAAUAAGUAUUAUAGUUAAAAGAAAAGAAAGAGAGAAAAUGUGAAAGCUAUUUACAGCAUAAAGUGUUACAUUGUACAUAUAAUUUGAUUAAUUACUUGAAAUUUGAAGGAAGUGUUCUUUUAUAGUAUUUUUGAAAGUAUUACGAGAAGUGAUAUUUUUAAAAUGACAUUCAAGUCCAUUCCAAACAUCGACUCCUUUAUUUGAAAGAGUAUGUUUUACAUAGUUCGUUCUUUUGUAUGACUUGUGGAGUUGUGUUUUAUUUCUUGUAUUGUGUUGGUGGAUUUGAUCAUUGGUCACAAAGUAAUCAGUGAAUACCUCUGGUAGAUUUUUGGUGUAGUGAUAUCGAAACAUAAAUAAACUUAUUAAAUAAUCAUUAAUUUUAUAAAUAUCUAGAAUUUUUAAGUCUUUAAAGAUUGGUUCGCUAUGUGCCAAAUAAGAGUUGAAAGUCACAAGGCGCACAAUUUUUUUUUGAACAUUCAUAAGUUUUUGGAUUCUUUUUUUGUAGGUAUUACCCCAGAUUAUAUUUCCAUAGAUAAGAUAUGGAUAGACUAAAGCAUAGUAAAUAAGCUUAAGAGCAUUUAAAUUUGUAAAAUGUCUUAUUUUUGCUAUUACUCCAGCAGAUUUAAUAACUUUUUUUGCUAUUAAAUCCACAUGUUCAUUCCAUGUCAAGCAUUCAUCAAUAACAAUACCAAGGAAUGUGGUAUUUUUUUGCCUGUUUUAAUAUUUCUUUGUUUAUUUCUAUUGUUACAUCAAAAUUCUGUUUUUUGUUAUAAGAUCUAAAUAGAAUAAACUUUGUUUUUGAAGUAUUUAUAGAUAAUUUAUUUAUAUUUAACCAUUCAGCUACUUUAUUAAUUUCUACUUGCAUAAUUUCAUUUAAUGUUUUAAGACAUUUAUGCUUGUUAAAAAGGGACAAAACAUCAAGAUCCAUAUAUGUAUGUCAAAAUUUGAUAUAUAUGUAUUAAGAUUCAUAUAUAUGUAUCAAAAACCGUAUAUGUAUGUCAAGAUUCAUAUAUAUAUGUCAAGAUUCAUAUAUAUAUGUCAAGAUUCAUAUAUAUAUGUCAAGAUUCAUAUAUGUAUGUCAAGAUUCAUAUAUGUAUGUCAAGAUUCAUAUAUAUAUGUCAAGAUUCAUAUAUCAAGAUUCAUGUAUGCUUUAAUGAAGUACUUCUUGACCGUUUAAUUAUACCGCUGACCAAAUAUUUAUGUAAACAUUAAUAAUAUAGCGAUUAAAGAUGGCGCAUUUCAUAGAUAAUCUUAGACAGUUCUUUGAAGAGUUUUUAAGAUGUAUUGGGGAAGCAAUUGCGGGGAUGAGUUCAGAAUACGAACCAAAUCGUGUGGACAACCUGUUAUACAGGCUAUCGGAAUUUGAAACCACACUUGGAUUAAUUUCAAGUCGUGUUGGAGAAUAUGACACUGAUGACAGCGUUGAUCAGUUGUUGGAAGACCUGGAACGGCUCUUAGCCACUGUGCGUCUUCUAAAAACCAGAUAUCAAGAUAGGCAUGUUGAAUUGAACACCUCUUCCGAUAUCGAAUCGCCACACCGCAGUUGUCCUGUUCAUUAUUUAGGGCACGCUUGUCGUCCACGGCUUGUUGUUGACAAAGUUGUUGUUCAGCAACUGCGUGAAGAAUCCAUGAAAUGGGUAGACAUUGCAAGAAUUCUUGGAAUUUCCCCCAAGACUUUGAUUCGUCGACGUAGGGAAUUUGAAAUGCCCAUUGGUGCUGAUGCCUUCACAUGUCUUGAAGAUGGUAAUUUAGACGGACAUGUACGAGAAAUUUUGCGAAUAAAUCCUGAAGCAGGUACCGUAUAUUUUAAUAUGUGUAACACAACCCCAGGGACGCCGGAAAGGGAGGGCGCAUCGCCCCCCUCCCUCCCCCUUGUCCUUUAGUAAGGGGGGCAGGGUGAAAGUGCCCUUAGAUAAAAAUUCUAACCCAAAAAAUAUGAGGUACAACGAUUAAAAAGUAUGAAUUACGGGUGAAAUGGACGUCAUAUUGAUAUAUACGUGAAAUUUUGUGGAAUAUUGUGUCAAAAAUUAGGUUAACUUUUAAAACUUUUUUGCCCUUGUUUUUUCCGGAAUAUUUUUUGCCCUAGUUUUGGUGAAUUGAAUUUUUAUUUAAAAAAUUUUUCGUAAACGAAAUAUUAGUUUGUGAUUGGCCUUACGUCAACAUUGCCCCCCCUGUGCCCUACCCUCGCUCCGGUGUCCCUGCAUAAUCCUAUAUAAAGUAGCAUGAAAUUAACAUCCCUGUCUAAUAACGCUCGAUUUGCAUGCUUCUCUCUAAAAGUACGAAAACGUAAUACCGAGAUGAUUAUUAGAUAAUUUACAAUAUGACGGAACUUGUUAAUAUAGGACACUCGAUCGCUUGUGCUUUUCCUAGGACUUCGUCUAGUUGAAGGAGGGCUCAGAGCAAAGAAAUUAAAGAUUCAACAGAAUCGUGUUCGGGAAUCUAUUGCACGAGUUAAUCCUGUUCUCUCAGCAGUGAGAGGACACAGCUUCAAGAUUGUCAGGUAGCGAUACUGAUAAAAACGUUGCAGAGGAGAGUGAUUCUCUUCGGCAGAUACGACAUGGUGGUUGUGAGCGGCUAUAAAUUCAGAAAUAGAUCGGUUUAAACCUGGCAAAAAAAUGAAGUGAAUGCUGUACAAAAAAAAAAUCUCAUUUCCAAGUCCAUUUUCGCGAUUUUGAUAUUCCAUGUAAUCAAGAACUAAAAGGUAUUUUUGAAUGCAGUACUCGUCGUCAGUUGUUGUUUCGAGGAUUCGUUGCAAGUCAGCAUCAAUUUCUUCCGUACUUUCGAUAGGAGAUUCUGGAACAACCACAUUGUUGGAAGUUUGAAGUUCCGGUACGUUACCACUCUCGUCAAUUCCAUAGUCAUUCAUAUCUGGCUGAACACCAUCAAGUACAUCUUCAACUGCCCUGUAACCGCUCUGACUAUUGCACAGCAUUCCCGUUAUCCACAACUGCCUUGGCGUCGUAUUGCUUUCAGUGGUAAGGCCAUGAUAAUUCCAGACUCUAGUCAGUUCCUCUAGGGAGUUAUUAACUUCUGGGAGGUACACAUAUUGAAGACAAAAUAGAUGAAUUUCGUUCAGUGGAUCAAACAAUCCACUUGUUUCUAGGUACAUGAAUAUGUUCUUAAACUUGCUUACCACCGUACGAUUAACUUCUCUCCAUAAACGUUCUAUUCGUUGGUUGUGAACCGACUUACCAGUUAUUGUGCUGCCUCUGUUCAAGCCUCGUUCACGCAACAUGAACCGUGCUACCUCGACAUUUUCCAAACCUUGGUCUGAACGAACACGAGACGGUAGGUUGUAAAGGCUGACAGCCUCUUGGAAAAGAUCAAGAACAGUAUUGGCCUUGUUAUUUGUUGAAGCCCUUAAUAUAUACGAUAAGGCGGGAAUACCCGUCAAUCCCACCAUGAAUGACAAUUCUGUACGGUUCUAUCAAUUUAUGAUCGCCAUCAAUAUGCCGGAGGGCAUUUGGGCAAGGUACAGAAUACUUUCGCCUGACAAUCUUGAAGCUGUGUCCUCUCACUGCUGAGAGAACAGGAUUAACUCGUGCAAUAGAUUCCCGAACACGAUUCUGUUGAAUCUUUAAUUUCUUUGCUCUGAGCCCUCCUUCACCUAGACGAAGUCCUAGGAAAAGCACAAGCGAUCGAGUGACCUAUAUUGACAAGUUCCGUCAUAUUGUAAAUUAUCUAAUAAUCAUCUCGGUAUUACGUUUUCGUACUUUUAGAGAGAAGCAUGCAAAUCGAGCGUUAUUAGACAGGGAUGUUAAUUUCAUGCUACUUUAUAUAGGAUUAUGCAGGGACACCGGAGCGAGGAUAGGGCACAGGGGGGCAAUGUUGACGUAAGGCCAAUCACAAACUAAUAUUUCGUUUACGAAAAAUUUUUUAAAUAAAAAUUUAAUUCACCAAAACUAGGGCAAAAAAUAUUCCGGAAAAAACAAGGGCAAAAAAGUUUUAAAAGUUAACCUAAUUUUUGACACAAUAUUCCACAAAAUUUCACGUAUAUAUCAAUAUGACGUCCAUUUCACCCGUAAUUCAUACUUUUUAAUCGUUGUACCUCAUAUUUUUUUGGUUAGAAUUUUUAUCUAAGGACACUUUCGCCCUGCCCCCCUUACUAAAGGACAAGGGGGGGGGGAGGGGGGCGAUGCGCCCUCCCUUUCCGGCGUCCCUGGGGUUGUGUUACACAUAUUAAAAUAUACGGUACCUGCUUCAGGAUUUAUUCGCAAAAUUUCUCGUACAUGUCCGUCUAAAUUACCAUCUUCAAGACAUGUGAAGGCAUCAGCACCAAUGGGCAUUUCAAAUUCCCUACGUCGACGAAUCAAAGUCUUGGGGGAAAUUCCAAGAAUUCUUGCAAUGUCUACCCAUUUCAUGGAUUCUUCACGCAGUUGCUGAACAACAACUUUGUCAACAACAAGCCGUGGACGACAAGCGUGCCCUAAAUAAUGAACAGGACAACUGCGGUGUGGCGAUUCGAUAUCGGAAGAGGUGUUCAAUUCAACAUGCCUAUCUUGAUAUCUGGUUUUUAGAAGACGCACAGUGGCUAAGAGCCGUUCUAGGUCUUCCAACAACUGAUCAACGCUGUCAUCAGUGUCAUAUUCUCCAACACGACUUGAAAUUAAUCCAAGUGUGGUUUCAAAUUCCGAUAGCCUGUAUAACAGGCUGUCCACACGAUUUGGUUCGUAUUCUGAACUCAUCCCCGCAAUUGCUUCCCCAAUACAUCUUAAAAACUCUUCAAAGAACUGUCUAAGAUUAUCUAUGAAAUGCGCCAUCUUUAAUCGCUAUAUUAUUAAUGUUUACAUAAAUAUUUGGUCAGCGGUAUAAUUAAACGGUCAAGAAGUACUUCAUUAAAGCAUACAUGAAUCUUGAUAUAUGAAUCUUGACAUAUAUAUAUGAAUCUUGACAUACAUAUAUGAAUCUUGACAUACAUAUAUGAAUCUUGACAUAUAUAUAUGAAUCUUGACAUAUAUAUAUGAAUCUUGACAUAUAUAUAUGAAUCUUGACAUACAUAUACGGUUUUUGAUACAUAUAUAUGAAUCUUAAUACAUAUAUAUCAAAUUUUGACAUACAUAUAUGGAUCUUGAUGUUUUGUCCCUUUUUAACAAGCAUAGACAUUUGUUACUAUGAGAUAUCGUUGUGUCAUCCGCAAAUAAUAUAAAUGAAACUAUUUUACUGCAAUGCUGUAUAUCGUUUAUAUACAAAAGGAACAACAGUGGUCCCAGAAUGGAACCCUGGGGGACUCCACUUGUGAUUGUCAUUUCUUUUGAUCUUACCUGAUUGUAUUUUACAAUUUGUUUUCUAUUUGUUAAAUAAUCUUGAAACCAUUGUUGAGAUAUUCCUCUUAUGCCAUAAUAUUCUAAUUUUUUAAUCAGAAUCCUGUGAUUAAUUGUGUCAAAAGCCUUGGACAAAUCUAAAAAUAUACCAAUAGUGUAUUCUCCUUUAUCUAUUGCUCUAGUAAUUUUAUCUAAAAGUUCAAUAAUUGAAAAAUCUGUUGAUCUGUUUUGUCUAAACCCAUAUUGAUGUUUUGAUAAUAUCUUGUUUUUUUCUAUGAAGUUGAUUAAUCUUUUGUACACGAGUUUUUCUAAUAAUUUUGAAAAACAUGAAAGAACAGAUAUAGGUCUGUAAUUGUUAAAUUUAUUUUUUUCAUUAGCUUUAAAAAUAGGUGUAACUAGUGCUAUCUUUAGCUUAUCAGGGAUAAUACCACUUAGGAAAGUCAAAUUAAAUAUAUGAGCAAGAGGCUCAGAAAUAUUGCUGGCAGUUAAUUUUAAGAAUUUCGAACUAAUAUUAUCAUAUCCAGGACUUUUAUUUUGAUUCAUAUUAGAUAUUUCUAAUUCUAUUUCAUUUUUGGUAAUUGCUUCAAGAAACAUGCUGUCUUUGUACAAAUUACUAGUGAGAUAGUGCUCAAAUGUUUUUUGACCAUCAUUUUCGGUAAUCUUUUUGGCCAGUUCUGGUCCAACAUUCACAAAAUAUUCAUUGAAUUUGUUGGCUAUAUUAAGAGGAUCUUUAAUUAACUCAGAGGGGUUAUUCCCAACAAAUUCUUCUGGUAGUUCUUUUUUUACUUUAUUUCUAUUCAUGAUUUCAUUUAAUGUUUUCCAUGUCAUUCGAGCAUCAUAUUUAUAUUUUACUAGCUGUUCUUCAUAAUAUAUUUUUUUGGCCAUUUUUAUUAUAUGAUUUAGUUUAUUUUUAUACUUUUUAUAUUUAGUUUUGUUUUUUUCACUUGGGUUUCGUAAGAACGUUUUAUACAGCUUAUUUUUCCUCAUCACUGAUUUUAUAAUGCAUCUGGUCAUCCAUGGACUUUUGCCUUGAUCAAUAUUAUUUUUAAGAUGUUUUGGUCUUAAUGGGAAGUUAGUUUCAUAGGUUGUUGUGAAUAUUUUAGAAAAUUCAUUAAAAGAUUUUGUCGGAUUUUCUUGAAUAAAUACAUUCAAAUACCAAGUCCAAUACUUUCCCUUAACAAGAAAAAAUUCUGGCGUAAAACAGUUUAAAAUAACAAGGUAGGGCAAACUGAGGCACAUUGCAGCUUAACUUGCUCCAACUCUAUCAUUACAAACUGUAAAUCUUUAAUAGUACUUCCUAUCCAGACACAAAAUUUGGUUACAAUUCAAUAAUUUGAAAAGUGCAUCCCUAACCUACUAAACUGCUUGCAAAUAUUAAAACAUAUAAGGAAAGCUAUAAGGGCAGUUAAAAAAUAUAACAAGGAUUUGGUUUAUAAACUGUUAAUUUCUAGAGAUGAUCACACAAUACAAACAUGGAAUUCACUAUAUUCAUAUUUUUAAUGAUAUGUUUUAUAAGUCUAAAUUUCUUUUAAUAUUCCUCUGAUAUACAAAUCUUCUGAAAACUUUAAUAUUAUCAAGGUUUAUAACCGACUUAAUAUUAGAAUUGAGACUCUCUUCAGGUAUUUUAAUAUAAUUACAGUAGCUGAGUAGCAAUUAACACACAGUACAUUGUAAUUGUUUUUGUUCUUGAAAAUUGCCCUUUCCACGCGCUCUUUCAACCAUUAGAAACAUAAUAGCGUUAAACGGCUAAAUUAUGCUGGUGAAACCACAAAUGUCUCUACAUUUAAAGCUUUUUCAAACUGACACAGAGGCCGGAAUGGACAAGAUUACAAUUAAUUGUGACAUUUUUCUUCGACAACAGCACUCUUCGCGGCACCUGGCGGCUCUAUACUGACCCUGUUUCACACGCAAUAUUUUCCUUAUUCAGUCACUAACACACCUUUUGUAUCCCACUAUGAAGAACAUCAACAUUUCCACCAAAACCCAGAAAAAUCAUCAUUUUAUAGACGAAACAAUAAAAUAUUUCAAACAAUUUGUUUUGCUUUUGGCAACGCAUGCGCAGUUCGGUCGACAUACAGUUUUCUGUAUGUCUGAGAUGGAUUAUCCCAGAGCCUUCGUUUCCUUCCCAAGGAUCGCAGGCUCGGGGAACGAGAUUGGCUCCGUUUCAGUUCGAGUAUAUAAAAAUCGAGUAUUUUGAUAGACUUGAUAGCGUUCGCGGCUUUGAGGCUUUCACGAUAUAUAAAUAUAAACGCGUGAUAGUUGAUAAAUAAUCAGUGCGAGCACAACGGCUCCAAAAUCACAACAAAUAACAAAAUAUAAGGUAAGUUAAAACAGUAAAGCUUUACCUACCUCGAUUUAUUUUUCUAAGGCGCUCGAUUAUGUAAAUUUUCGGCGAAUAAUCAAUAUAUAAAUUUUCUUUGCGUUUCCUUGACGAAAACCCGGCAUGAAAAUGCUCGUCGGAAACUCGGUAUUUGUCGUAUUUUACGAAUCUGCCACGUGACUGGUACGCUCACCGAUCACCGCUCACCGAACACGACACGAAAUUUAGAGCUAUAUGAAAGUUGCAUGCCAUAUAUGGCAUGCAGCAAAAAUGCAGUACGUUGAUCCUUGAUAACUGUGGUAUCGUUGGUUUUUCCUUUUUCGGCCGUACACCAGUGGAUUCAUCUCACCUCUCUUCAUUUUGAUAGUGUUUUGAGCCCAAAAGCCCAAAAAUAUUUUAUUUUGAACGUUUUUAAGGGCAGUUUAAUCCUAGCCGGCGGAAACGCCGGAAGUUUUAUUUGUAGACCGCAUGUAAUAGUACUGUGUCUGAUUGUAUAAGUCCUGAACUGGGUCAUUAUACUAACAGAAACUUUAAAACUGAGCCACCUACCUGCAAUACAAACCUAGCCAAUUUGAGAGCGGCAGCACUCUCUGUCUCUCUCCUUGACAAGCAAAAUCGACGGGUAUGAACAUUAAACUAAUAAAGUAGGGUGCAUGUUAUUUAUUGAUUGCCAUUGGGGCACAAUGCAAAUCAGUGGGAUAAUAAAUAACAUGGUAUUCACCUAAAUAAACAGAACACUGUUAUAUCUUGAUAUAAUUAAAAAAAGAGUGAACAAAACUGUAACUGAAAAGUUUAAUCUUCACUAGCCUUUCGCGCUUUUCCGCUUAGCUUGGAUACAACUAUGUGUUUUGCAUGUAUGUAUCAUAUACGAUAAUGUGCGUAUUUGUAUAGCCCCAGCGAGUUAACGCUCUAUGGAGCGUCUUGUUUAGUCUAAAAUCCAAACCACAAGUCAUGUUUAUUUUGAUGUUUUGAGUCUUCCUUGUUCUCAUUUAUUCUCAAAGAACAAACUUCGUCCUGAUUCAGCUCUGAACAUUGAAUAACUAGUCUUUUUAGAAGAUAUUUUAAGGUAAAAAAUGCAAUGUUCAACGUUCAAACUCUUGUGAAAACCGGCGAUCGGCCCGACCGGCGAAAAGUUUUUUACUCCAAUAUUUGGCGAUUUAUAAGUUCAUAUCCAGAGUUGUUUUGUAGUUACAACUGGUAAAUGUAUUCAAAGUGUUACUAACAGCAAAGGAAUUCAGUGAAACAGCAUCAUGCGCCGGCUCAAACUGUUUUAAAUUGUCAACAACAACAUGAAAACACACAAGUUUAUACGACUGAAAACGAAUAUAAAACUAUAUAGAAAAGCCAAAACGUUCAUACAUGUCACACAUAUCUUAUACCAAACGACCUACAAUCACCUGUUUUCUUGGCGUUAUCCUGACUUAGCAUGCAAAACUAAAUAUAUUUGCAUUUCUAAGCGGCAAGAGAACACAAAAAAUAUUUGAUAUUUCGACGAGACUAAAAACUUUUUUGUGCGUGUUUUUCUGGAGAUGCGCCUGCGAAAGCAUGUACGCGCAUGUCAAUUCAUUCAGAGGCGCCGGAGAAUCGAUAAUAGCGGGGGCAGAUAUUCAUAUAUUCGUGUUCACAGACUGUAAAAACAAUCGAUUUCAAAAGAAAUUAAUUGGGCAGAACACUACGAAUAUAUGAAUAUCUGCCCCCAAUUAUCGAUUCUCCGGCGCCUCUGAAUUCAUUGAUCCUGCAGAGUGUGAAAAACUUUGGCCGCGCGAAAUAAAACCGUGAUUAUUUCCAAAACGAGUUCGGUAAGGUACCCUGAAAAUUUGUACAUGAGUAGAUACAUACUUCAAGAUUUCAUGAUGGAAAAAUAAAAAAAAUUGUCGACAGAAACUGUCAAAAAAGUCGAAAUUUAAUUCUAAAGAAUUGAGUCGACAGAUUUUUUUUUAAACUUCCCAGAAAUGUUUCUCGACACUAACGUAACUGAUUUAUUAAAAAAAAUUGGGGUCACCGAACUCAUUUUUGAAAAAAACUCGAAAAACUGCGAUAUUUUCGGCUAUUUAGUGUUACCAUUAUUCGUUAUAGUUGUCAUGGAAACACGACUUUUAUCAGACGUUACAAUUAUAAGUGUUACAAUUAUAAGUAAAACUUAACCCUGUAAAAGCAUUUAAACAGAAAAUAUUCAACUUUUGCUCCAACUCAGCCAUGUUACAUGUACUUAAUUUCUAGGCAUAGUACUAGUCUUGCUUCUGACUACAGGCGGCCCAAUUAAUCUCGCAAGGGUCACUUUUGACUUAUAGUAAUGUAUAUUAUAGUAAAAAUUUGUCAUAAAAUAUAAAUUUUAAAAUGAAACGGACAAAAAAGGCUUUUGGAGCAGGCGGGCGGUGAACGCAAAUCAGAGACUUUCAUUCACAUGGCCUUUUAUAUAGAUACUUUUAAUGAUAUAUCUUAAUUAAGCAUAUUUUAGACACUCUACUUUUCAUGUAAUUACAUAUCUAUUUUUGUCUUGUAAUGCGCAGUAUAAAUUUGAGUAAUAAUAAUAAUAACAUGUAUUUGAUACUCCGUUUCAAUGGAUAAACAGAUGUGAGGCCAAGCUUUCUUCGCACUAGAAUUGAAGUUUCGACGCACGUUCUCGGUAUAGCACUACUUCCAGGAGUUUCAGCCGUACCUUGUUCUAUUAUCGUACGCUAUUCGUAUAUAAGGCAAGUCAUGUGGAGGAGGUGGUUAAAAAAAUCUAGUCUGUGGUUAAAUUGAUUCAGAAGGAUAUUUUAUUAAGGAAAAACCUGAAGCGUAGCUAUUUUUGAGAAGGUGUUAUAGAAGGACGGUGUGCUAUAAAAAUUUUAAAAACUCAACAAUUCAGGAGGAAAACACAAAGAAAAAUCAUAAGCGUGUCGUAUCUUUAUAUGUGAUAAAAAAUCAUGUUAAUUUACAUAAACUUUAGCUUUGAUUUUCACGGUUUAGACAAAGUUUAUUUUAAAAAUUACUUCGCCAGUGAACUCAUAUAACAUGAGUCCUUUUGUAAGCCAUUUAAAGCACUUGUAGUCGUAUUUUAUCAGAUAUAAAAACGUUUUAUAUCUGAUAAAACACUCCUACGCGUGCUUUAAAUAGUACAUAGAAACACAUAGGUAACUUACGUUUUUAGUGCUUUAUUAAUCACAUUUUGUCUUUUAUCAUCUGGAUAGUCUGACGUUAGACAGAGUAAAGUCUGGCGUUAGACAGAGUAAAAUAAUAAAGUAGGGCGCAUUGUCAAUUAAAGGGUUAACAGGAGGCACGGACAGAUAGUCUGAUUAACCCAUUGAAUGGCAGCACUCACCCCUGAAGAGUAAAAUCGUUUGGUGUUAGACAGAGUAAAAUAAUCUGGCGUUAGACAGAGUAAAAUAAUAAAGUAGAGAGCAUCUGAGCGCAUUGCCACUUAAAGGGUUAAUAGGUGCAUGGACCGAUAGUCUGAUUAACCCAUUGCCCAUUGAGUGGCAGCACUCUCCCCCCUGAAGAGUAAAUUCGACUGGGGUUAGACAGAGUGAAAUAAUAAAGUAGGGAGGAUCUGGGCGCAUUGCCACUUAAAGGGUUAAUUAAGAACUUACAUCCUGUUAUGAAAUUGUUGCAUGUUGAGUUUAUUUUUUGACAAAAUCGAAUAAUGAAUUGAUAAAAUACAGACCAUUAGUAUUGCGACUCUUGGCUCAAUAGUGUGUCCCUUAGGCCUUAGUUACUAGUUUACAAUGGAACCAGUGGCGUAACACUCAUUGGGUAGGGUCAGUUUAAAAACUAAGGGCCCCCGACAGUUAGGGGCCUCAUCAGCCACGGCCUAUAUUGCCGAGAAAAUUCGAAAACGUAAAAAAUGCAGGUUAAGAAGAGUCAAUGGGAAAAUGCAAAAUAAUAAAGCCUCCAUCGACAACGGAAGCUGACUUUUUUAUCCUAUCUCAAAUAAAACAAGACUUAUUCUCAUUAGUUGUUACAUGAGUUGGAGAUUGUUAUUGUUAUUGUUAUAGACACGGAAUUUCCCAGAACAUUCAAUAUAAAUAUAAUAUAAAUAUAAAUAUUCAAUAUAAAUAUAAUAUCUCAGUCAAACAAUGACAACAGUAUACAAGGCCCCCCACACCAAAUAUGCCUAAACUCUAAAAGGUCCAGACACACGCGUCGCGUUGUCGAAUCGCGUGUUUGGACCUUAAGGGCUCCCUCUUUCUCCGUUACGCCACUGAAUGGAACAAUGUUAUAGUUUUAGGGUUAUUUAACGAAUGUGUGUUCACUGUCAUGUUUGCAGGGUCAAAUAGUCCAACCUACUUUGCAGCCAUUUUAAACGACCAAAAGUUUCUUUAUUCAAUCCACAACAUAUUUCAGCCAUUCUAUGGCCUAUGGUAUGCGUACACUUGCUAAUUUUAACUUUUAAUUGGUUAUUUUAACUUAUUUGCACUGAAGGUGCACCAAAGGCAAAUUUUCAUCCUCAUUUUCAUUUGUUGUCAUUGAAAUUAAUUAUUAAAUAAAUAAAUGACUUUCAAAGUAAUAGUGUAUAUGACAUACAAUUUCUUAAUUUCUUGAAUGAAAGAACUAUUUAAGCUGUAGUGUAACUUUUUUUCAGUUUCUUGUUUUUUAUGGUUUGUUCCCGAGAUAUUUCAAUUUGUUUGAUAUGUAAAUUAGGGUGAAUAUGUCCGCUGAUGCCAACCAACGUGACGUCAUAAAUUAGCGGACAUAUUAACACUCAUUUACAUAUCAAACAAAUUGAAAUAUCUCGGGGAACAAACGAUAAAAACAAGAAACUGAAAAAUAAGUUACACUACAGCUCAAAGAGUUCUUUCAGUUAAGAAUAUAAGAAAUUUCGUGUCAUGUACACUUUAAGACACUAAUCCUAAGUUAGAUUAGUGUCUUAAAGCUCAAUGCCAGAAAAUCCUGUUUUGACUGCCACAUGAAGCACCUUCUUCACACUAUUCAAAUUGUGAUUUCUGAACAAUAAAAAAAUUUCGAUGUCAAUGUAUACAAAGGUUCACACAUUCAGCGAAAACUUUUCUGCGAGGCUGCGAUAUUCACCAUCCAACAAGACUACCACAUAUUGCGAAAAAUUGCCUUACUCUACGAAAAUGAUGUUUGGUUUCUUGUACGGUAAGUCCUUGCCAAUGGUUUGCGUAAAGAAAAGUGAAGCAUUCUUUGUAUCUUUGCAUGGCGAUGAGACAAUGUUUGUUUUGGGUUGUAGAAAACAACUUUUUUGUUGUAAAGCUUCUAUGUGUCACUGAUGAACAUUCGGGCUAGCGGUUCGAAAGCCUCCGAUAAUUAGUAUACGUGGUGUUUGUCACAAUGUCUGUAGUCAGUUAAUAUAUGUAGUCAGUUAAUUCUUAUAAAUACUGUGUAUUUUAUAGGUGAAUGUCGAACAAAGAUCGAUGCUGUAAUAUAUCUGGCAAAUGGCGACCUUUACUUCAUACGUAAAGACUUGGUUUGGAAAUAUGACAGCACCGCUGACUAUGUCUACACUGGCUUUCCAAAAAAAAUCAACGAUGAAUUUCCAUCAAUUUCCGGACCAAAAAUACCAUCAGAUCUUGACUGUGCUUCACGUUAUGUAAACGAGCAGAACUCCAUAGACUUCUUCUUUGUCAAAGGUGAUCAAGUGUACAUCUACGACGUAAUAGGAAAGAAAAUUACGGUUAAAACCACCGCAGGAUUUUGGCCUUCACGUGGAAAAGUACCUGGAAUACCCAAAGAGGUUCCUGUAGCUGUAUCUAUCACGAAAUUUCCAGUAGGUACGUGGAUUUUUAAAGGUGAUUAUGCUUGGAAAUAUGAUGAUUAUCCAAAAAGAGAAAUCCGAUCUGGAUUUCCCAAAAACAUCACAACGUCACAGUGGAAUGGACUUCCCAAGGAUGUCGACGAUGGAUUCUUUGAUCAAAACAAUUAUAUGUUUUACUUCUUUAAAGACACACAAUACUAUGAAAGUACAUUUGUUGCAGCACUUCGUCCCAAGACCAAGCCUUACGUUCUUCCGCGUGGUUAUAUUCAUCAAAAAUGGAAAGGGAUUUGUUCUGAUAAAUAUUAAGUAUGUAGAUAAGAUAAGAUAAGAUAAGAUUUAAUUAUGCCUCCCUGGGCAACUCAUGCAUCUAAGAAAAUUACAGAAAUAUAAAUCUUACAGUAAUAUAUAUUACAAUUAUUAAAAAUUAGAAACAAGAAAUAUGUCUUCGCAUAGCAACCUCUGGAUGCAAUUUAAGAUAAGUAACAUGGUCAUUCUUAUCCGGAAUUCUGUUAAAGAUUUCUAGCGAUAAAUACCAAUAUCCGUGACGAGAAUCCGGGUUAUAACUUUUUAGAUCAUCAAGUCCUGCCUUAAAGGCGUUUACACUAGGUGCAUACUUAACAGAGUUUGGUAAAUUGUUCCAAUACUUAAUUACUCUUACGCUAAAACAAUCCAACGCAAAUCUGGUCCUACAGGAUGAUACAUUGCAUAAAUUACGAGUACUAUAAUGCAAAUUAUGGUUAAACAUUUGAUGGCCAUAGUUAACAUGUCCGUUAAUAAUCUUGUAUGCUUCAAUAAGAUCACCCCGCAUUCUACGUUCGAGAAGUGUUGUCAGUCCCAGCUUUUGAAGUCUCUCACUAUAGCUGAGAAAACCCAUACCAUGAAUUAUUCUAGUAAAAUCCCUUUGACAUUUUUCAAUUGCCAUAAUUAUACUCCAAUUACCAUGCUUUGCUACCGGGGACCAAACUUGCACACAAUACUCCAGAUGGGGCCUCACAAAGGCCUUGUAAAGAGGAACCAACACUUCAUGUUUACGAGAUACAACAUUUCUCUUGGCCUUUCCGAUUCCUUCUCGAAUAUGAUCAUCAAAUAAGGACUUCCCGGCAGACCAGGUUACCCCCAAAUCCUUUUCUUUCUGUACACUUUUUAGUUGAAUACCAUCCAAUGUAUAGCCAUGUUGCGGAUUGCUCUCUCCGAUGUGAAGUACACCACACUUUUCCACAUUAAAUUUCAUCUGCCAUAUUUCUGACCACCUACUGAGAC